UUUUAACAAAAAAAAGUCCGUCUCAUAAAGCUAUGUAGCUCUUUAUAUGCUUAUAGAAGCCAACUGCACUUGUUGAAAUUUGAACGGUGAUGUACAUCUUUAAAUUUUAUCCAUCUUUAAUUUCUCUUUGAAAAUUCAAUGAAUGUAGUGGUUUAUGUGGCUCGCCCAGUCCCUACUCAAUUUUUAUGUGUUCAUUUUAAACUUAUAGGCGUCUGCUCGCUCCGCUCACUGUACGCUGCAGUCUGCAAAAACCAACAGAAGUCAGAAUCUGACAUUCUGAUUCUGUUCGUUGUGCGCAACAGAGCCUACGCAUGUUCCAUUUAUAGUUGUGUUUUUACUGUCGUUGACUCGACAUUACAUGCCGAUUGCCAUAAUACAUGUCGUAGGAGUGGCCGAUUGUCCUAAUUUAUUUAUGCAAAUGAAAAAUUUAAUCGUUCGUGAAUUGUGAACUUACAAUAAGAGUUGAAUAAUUGAUGAUAAAUAAUAUAUGGGGUUAUGUGUAAUGUAAACUUAAAGAAUAUGAUUAUAUUUAGCAUCUGACGUAUGUGUCCAGUAUGUAGAAUGGGCUGUGGCUCGUUUUAUUUUAUGAUUUUCAACCUUCUCCCUUAAGAGUCUAUUUUGGUCUUUUUUCUCUUAACUGACAAGAUUCAAGAACUGCAAUUCACUUUGAAGCUUAUCACUUAAUCUAUUGUUUUUUGUGUAAAAAGUGGUAUAAACAACAAGUGUUUAUUUUUAAAAUUACAUACAUAUUCUAUAAAUAUGGAAGACAUUUUCCAAUGGUGCCGAGAAGGCAAUGCAAUGCAAGUAAGAGUAUGGUUAGAUGAUACUGAAAAUGAUAUGAAUCAAGGUGACGAUCAUGGCUUUAGUCCACUUCAUUGGUGCUGUAAAGAGGGACACUCUAAGCUGGCAGAAUUACUUGUUAGUCGAGGAGCUCGCAUAAAUGCAACAAAUCGUGGCGAUGAUACACCUCUUCACUUAGCUUCUGCUCAUGGGCAUAGGGAAAUAGUGCAAUUGUUACUUAAACAUAAAGCUGAUGUCAAUGUUACAAAUGAACAUGGCAACACUGCCUUACAUUAUGCAUGCUUUUGGGGAUAUGAAGCUGUUGCAGAGGACCUAGUUGCAGCUGGAGCUUUAGUAUCAAUUGCCAAUAAAGAUAGUGAUACACCAUUGGACAAAAGUAGAGGAGGGUUGGCAAAGAGAUUGCAUGAUAUGGCAGUUGAUUUUGGUCAAGAUUUGAAAAAAAUUCAAUUCAAAGAUCAAAGCUGGCUAGGUUUAAAAACUAGAAGCAGAGAUGCCACUUUAUCAAGAUAUAAAGGCAUCAACAUGUCUGAUCUAUCAUUACACACUCAAUUGGCUGUCACAGCUAGCGGAGAAACAUGGCGAGGCCGUUGGCAAAAUAACGAUAUUGUUGCAAAAAUUUUAACUGUCCAGGAGUGUUCAACUCGAGUUUCUCGAGAUUUCAACGAGGAAUUCCCAAAAUUACGCAUUUUUUCCCAUCCAAACGUUUUGCCAGUUCUGGGAUGUGUAAAUCAACCUCCCAGACUUGCCACUGUAUCUCAGUACAUGGCUCGAGGAAGCUUACAUCGCUUAUUACACGGUGGAACCGGCGUAGUUGUCGAUACAGCUCGAGCCUUGCGUUUGGCCCUCGACGUUGCUAGAGCUAUGGCAUUUUUGCACGGACUCGAAAGACAGAUGCGAUGUAGAUUUCAUUUAAAUAGUAAACAUGUUAUGAUCGACGAAGAUUUGACGGCUCGAGUAAACAUGGCAGAUUCUAAAUUUUCUUUUCAAGAAGUUGGUAGGAUAUAUGAACCAGCUUGGAUGUCACCAGAAGCCCUUAGCAAACGACCCUCUGACAUAAAUUUAGAAGCCAGCGAUAUGUGGAGUUUUGCCGUACUUUUAUGGGAACUAGCAACGAGAGAAGUGCCUUUUGCUGAACUUUCGCCAAUGGAAUGUGGCAUGAAGAUUGCCUUAGAAGAUUUACGCGUGAGCAUUACACCUGGAAUCUCAUCUCACCUAGCAAAGCUCAUAAAAAUAUGUAUGAAUGAAGAUCCCGGAAAACGUCCGACUUUUGCAAUGGUUGUACCGAUUUUGGACAAGAUGAAGCGAUGAAUGCGAGAUAAAUUAUUUUCAUCUUUCAUAGUCAUAUUAGUAUGAAUAUUAUAUAUUCCUAAAUAUAGCAUUUAAUCAACGUAAAAAACAUUAACAACAAAUAACAUUUGAUAAUCAAAAGUAUUCAUUUCAUUUCGGAGUCCCUUGUACGACAAUACUCGAGAAUUUUCGCGUGUAAAACACGUUAUAUUAGUAUAGAUUGUCAUGUGCCUAUAUUUAUAAAUUUAUAACACUUACCUAGUACAUAAGUAAAAUUUUGUAUUCGAACCAUACAACAAUUUAUGGCCGAAUAUUUUGUAUAAAUUGAAAU